AGAAAAGGAUGAUGGACUAUGGAGAGAAGAAUCUCAUGUCUUUCUCACGUUCGCUGGCUGUCUCGCCGUUGCUUUGCUCGAGAAUUCACGCUUUCUCUGUAGCUCUUUUCUAGCUCCAUCUGUCACGCUUUUUUUUGUUUUCUAUUGGUUAAUUAAUUCGAAAGAGAAAGUUUGGGUUUUGACUUGAGGCGCUCUCCAUCCGUUCAUUUAAAUCGGAUCGGAGGGAGGUCUUAAGGCGAGAGAUCUGGGGGGGGGGGAUCGCUUCUCUCCGUCAGAUUUCGCGUGGAGCUGAAAGAAAAAGCGAACCUUUCGCCGGAACAAGGAGCUUGACGGCGAUGGGUUCGAAAGGCGUGAGGAGGAGGACGGGCUUGUUCUCCAGGGGGAAGAAUGAGGGAAAGCCGAAGUUGGAUGAUUCAGAAGAGAACGAUCAGGAGAUGAAGAAGGAGAAGAAAUUCGAGCGUCGGCUGGUGAAAUACGAGGCUUUGCCCGAUUAUCUGCAAGACAAUGAGUUCAUAUUGGAUCACUACAGGUGCGAGUGGCCGAUAAAAGACACGUUCCUCAGCAUUUUCUCAUGGCACAACGAAACCCUCAAUGUCUGGACGCAUUUGGGAGGAUUUUUGAUAUUUGUUGGAUUGAGCCUAAUGGAGGUUCCAGAGGUUCGAAGUUUGGUGUCUGGUUUCUCAAGAAUUCCGGCGCCGGUGACGACGGCAAAGAACGUCUCCGACAGCGUUUUACCGGACUUGUCAAGAACACCAGUACUCCACAUGGAGGACGGAAGCAAUGGCGCAGCAAUUCCCAGGUGGCCGUGGUUCGUGUUCCUGGUAGGGGCCAUGGGGUGUCUAGUGUGCAGCUCGCUGUCGCACCUCCUGGCCUGCCACUCCCGUCGUCUCAACCUCUUCUUCUGGCGCCUCGACUAUGCAGGCAUCUCGCUCAUGAUCGUCUCCUCCUUCUUCCCACCCAUCUACUACGCCUUCUCCUGCCACUCCCACGCACGAGACUUCUACCUCACCUCCAUUGCCAUCCUCGGCGUCCUUGCCAUCAUCACCCUGCUCGCACCUGCCCUGUCCGCCCCACGGUUCCGGCCCUUCCGAGCCACCCUUUUCCUCACCAUGGGCUUCUAUGGGGUGAUGCCAGCGGCGCAUGCCGUCGCCAUCCACUGGGGCGACCCCCACAUCUUUGUGGCGCUUGCGUACGAGGUAGCCAUGGGCGUGGCCUAUGCAACCGGGGCGGCUUUCUAUGUUACCCGGAUACCAGAGCGCUGGAAACCUGGCGCAUUUGAUAUUGCCGGCCACAGCCAUCAGAUCUUCCAUGUGUUCGUGGUUGCUGGAGCGCUUGCCCACUAUGCCGCCACUUCCGUGAUUAUGGAUUUUAGGGAGGGCUCCACAGCUUGUGAGCCCGACCGCUCUGCACUUGGCUGGGCUAUAAUGUAGUAGUACUAGUUUGCAAUUUGCAUUGUUAAGGUGGUUCCUCUGAAGAGGCUGUUUCAGGGGUAGGAGGCGUAGUUUUGUUAUGCCAAUACCAAUAUAUAGCUGUUGUAAAAGUUGCAAGGAAUUUUGGGGAUAUGGUAUGAUAAUUCUCCACAAGUUUUUUUUUUUUUUCACCCGCAAAAUCUUGAUCAUCACAUGCUACCUGCAACUGAACAACCCCCAAAAGAUGUAUUAUUUAUUUAUGUUUUUCAGAUUCACAUAGAGCCAAAGAGUUCAUCCUUCCGGAGGGAGUGGGCUGGGUUGGUUUAUGUUGGAAUUGUUUAGCUGCGUGACUGACAUGUUGAGCCAUCAUCAGAUUUGGCUGUGGCUGGCUUAACUUUAUUAUCAUCUUUUAUUGGGAUGUCGUUUACUCAA